CCGCGCGCUUACUCUGUUUUUAAUUUGAAAAAUCCUCCCCUUCCGUCUCCCUCCUCCGCCUCUUCUUUCCCUUUCCCCUGCGGAUAAAAUUAGACCCCGCGUCUGGCGUCGCCGGUGCCCAGCGGUCUGCGGGGCGGGCGAAUUAAUUGGAAUUCUUCAAAAUGUCAGGUGUAGUCCCCACAGCCCCCGAGCAGCCUGCAGGUGGUGAUACGGAAAAUCAAAUAAAAUCGCCAGAUCCAAGGCCUGAUGCCCCUCCUGAAUACAAUUCUCAUUUUGUACCAGGACCGCCUGGACCGGCUGUGCCUCCACCUGCAGGUUACCCAGGAGGCUUGCCUAUGGGAUACUACAGUCCACAGCAGCCCAGUAUCUUCCCCCUGGGCCCGCCAACUGGUGGUACUCGUACUAUCCAGUAUCAGCCUGGCAAAUAUCCUGUGCCAAAUCAGCAGGCUCCAAUAACAUGGAUGCCAGGGCCACCUCCUGUGCCAAACUGCCCUCCUGGUCUGGAAUAUUUAGCUCAGUUGGACAACAUACAUGUUCUUCAGCAUUUUGAGCCAAUGGAAAUGAUAACACAUUUUGAAACUAAUAAUAGAUAUGACAUUAAAAACAACUCAGACCAAAUGGUUUACAUCGUAACUGAAGACACAGAUGACUUUACCAGGAAUGGUUACCGGACACUAAGGCCCUUUGUCCUCCGUGUCACUGACUGUAUGGGCCGAGAAAUCAUGACAAUGCAGAGACCUUUCAGAUGCACCUGCUGUUGCUUCUGUUGCCCCUCAGCCAGGCAAGAGCUAGAGGUGCAGUGUCCUCCUGGUGUCCCCCUUGGCUUUGUUGCGGAACACUGGAAUUUGUGCAGGGCAGUUUACAGCAUCCAAAAUGAGAAGAAAGAAAAUGUGCUGAGAGUGCGUGGGCCAUGCUCAACCUAUGGAUGUGGUUCAGAUUCUGUUUUUGAGGUCAAAUCCGUUGAUGGUGUAUCCAACAUUGGCAGUAUUGUUAGGAAGUGGAAUGGUUUGGUAUCAGCAAUGGCAGAUGCUGAUCACUUUGACAUUCACUUCCCACUGGACCUGGAUGUGAAGAUGAAAGCCAUGAUUUUUGGAGCCUGUUUCCUCAUUGAUUUCAUGUAUUUUGAAAGAUCUCCACCACAACGUUCAUCAAGAUAAAGGGAUGCAGCAAAUCAUCAAUUAUGGUUAAUAAAGAAAAAUUAGAAAGUUAGUAUGGGCUUACAGUCAAUCCUCAAUUAUUUACAAGUAUAUUUUCUGCUUUGCAGAUUUUUGUUAUUGAGUGUUAACUUUGACAGGUAGGUUGAGAGUCUGAAUGAAAGAAAGAAUACAAUCUAAACAUGUGUUUCUGUUCACUUGGUAGACUAGGAGUUCAUCCUGAAAGCCAAUGAGUCCUACUUAAAAUACUAUAAACGCUUAAAACACUAUAAACAUGAAAUAAGGGAAAAUGAACCCCUGAGCUCUCACAUUAAUAGGGUAGCAAGAUGGUGGACUCUUUAGAGCCGUCUUUGUUGGAAUAAAAUAACAUGUCAUCUAUCUUUAAUCCUCUCCUGUCUCUCCUCUCCAUCAUGUCCUUUUACUGAAGACAAGCUUGAUUCCAUGUGAAAAGAAUGAUACUCUUCAUCUUUAAAAACAAACAGAAAAGCAGACAGAAAUAUUAUGUUUUAUUGUACAAAGAAAGUUUACUUGUGGAUAUGUAUCAAAACCUCAUUCUACAAAAUUUAUAAAAGGUUCACUGGGAAAUUUGAUUUUAUUACAAAAUAAAACAUGUAUUUUUUUUUAAUCUUAAGGUUUGUAUUUCCCAUGCCUGUUCCCUACUUUACUGGCAUGGGCAAUCAGGAGCUGCCUGUACAUGAAGGCAGGAUCAGACUGUCAGGAAAGGAGCUCCAGAGCUACAGUCAAUGAAGAUCUCUGAGCAAAUUAGAGAUAUUAGUGUCUUUGUAAGAAGCUUGCAUUUAAUACAUUUAUACAUAAUACAUUUAUACAUUUAACACAUGACCUCUCUUGGUCACAGAUGCCUUAUAUAUAAAAUAGGUAUGACUGAAUCUCUAAGAUUGUCUAUUGUACCUGCGUGUCUCAUUUCAUGUGAUACAGAAGACAUAAUUGUUUUUUCUUUAAAGAAGAUCCCUGGUAGUCACCAUACUGUUCUAAUGACAAGAACUGGAGUUAUGUUUUUAAAUUUUGAAAUGUGACAUUUUGUGUAGCAGUUUAUAAAAGCAAAAGCCACAAAUUCUGAAGUGAUUAAUAAUGCUUUGCUGCUUUUUAUUUACAUGAUAAAUAAAUGUGUAUCUACACAAAGUAACAAAACACAGCAAAUAUGCUACUUCUCUGAGAUCCAAAGCUUAUCAGUAAACAUUAUAUAAGACCAAGAAUAAAGUAUCCAUUGUACUUGUUUGUAUGAAUUAACUAAAAGCAUAGUGUAUAAGUGAAUACACUGUGAUUAACUUGCCUCUAUUGUGCCUUAGCUUCCUACCUGGACAUGGACUAUGUUUUUGUAUGUGUGUGUGUGUAAGAUGUUUCUUAUAAUUUCUCUUUCUUUAAAAAAUAAUACCUGUACCAUAUUUUUAUAAUACAAUUUACAUUAUUAUUUCUAUAUUUUGUAGUGGCAUUUCAUCGUGUAAAAUUGAUCAGGUUUAUUAAGAAACAACACCCAGUAUGUAGAAUGGGAUGUAUUCUUCAUCUGCUCUUUAUUACAUAAACAAAGACUCAGUGCUCUUAGGUGGGGUUGUUCUGAGAUAAGAGCCCUAGUCCACAGUUCUUUCUGAAAUGAAACGAAGGUGCUCCAAUUUUAGAUUAUACUCAUCUUUUCAUGGUAAAGUUGUUUAACUCAGUUUCUUGUAAUGUUCAUCUUUAUAUGCUGCUACAAGCUUUUUCAAAAAGGUGCAAAAGCUGCUUUCUAAAAUAUUAAUUGCCUUACAUUUGAAAAUGCAAUUGCAAUCUUAAACAGACAUAUGCAUUUCCUGUAAUGAUAUGUGACAUUUAAUAUAGAAAAAACAAACAGUAUUCAGGAAGUUUAUCUAUAUACACUUUUUAUUUUUACUUGCCUAAAUCCCUAUAUUCCAAGAUUUGCUGCAUAACAGUCAAUAUGCACAUGUAUAUAUUCAGCAUAAGACGUGACAUUUAAAAAUUCUGUCUGAAGUUUUGUGGUAUUAACAUGUCUCUUGUCUCCUACAGUUACAAUUUAUCUUUCUUAAAAAAAUAAUGUCAUGUGCUAGCUAAUAUUUUUAUAAUACAAUUUGCAUUAUAAUUUCUCUAUUUUAGUGGCAUUUCAUUGUGCAAAAUUAAAAAACAAACAGGUGUUAUUCUCUGAAUUUUGUGUUUUCGUGAUUUCUUAUAUUGUU